AUGAGUCAACAACCAGUUUUAGGAACUAUUCAUCAUUUUUAUAUUUGCGUUUCCGAUUACAACAAGAGUUUCGAGUUUUAUAACUCUUUUCUUCCUAAACUUGGCUACAAAAUUAUAAGAAACAAUGACUUUUACACUGGCUGGGUGAACCAAUCCUUGGGUCAAUUUGGUAUUGCACCAGCAAGAGAAGAACAUAAAGAUAUUAAACAUACCAGAUAUGCGGUUGGAUAUCAUCAUUUAGCUUGGAAUGCUACCUCUAAAGAAGAGGUUGACAA